AUGGAAAUAAAUAAGAACAAUGUCACUUUUGUACUUGGAAUAGUUUCAUCCAUUUUACUAUUUGUUACAGCAGUAAUGCUGAAUGAUAUCGAUUUUAUAUUAGGUUCCCAUAUUUUUUUCGGUUUUUUAUUUACUAUAUAUACAAUAUUUGCCUUUUUAAUACCUAAUACAAAGAAUUCAAGAGAUUUUCUUCUUUCGUAUGCUACAAGUACCGCAUGUAUUUUUGUAACAUCUCUCAUAUUUAAUAUUGUGGUAACAAAAUAUAAUGUAGAAGGAAAUUGUCGUUUUUCGACAAAUAAAUGUUUUCCAUAUAUUCUGGGCACGACCAGUGGAUUCUGUUCUUCAGCUUUAUUUUUAUUAACAUCAAUUUUAUCUUUUAAAUUAGCAAAUGUAUGGUAA